AUAUGUCACUCUUCACUUUGAAGCAGUUAGGCAGACUAUAAAAACCCAUUGUCCGCAACACAAAUGCUGUCCAAAACCAAAAGCAACCCAAAACUUAAACUCCGGCCAUAUUUUUUUCGACUAGAUUUUCAAACUUGAAAUGGAUAGCUUUGAAAGGGGUCGUUACAGGAGGACAGCCUCUGGUAUUACCGCUUUAGCUCACUUGCUGGGUGUGCUAGCAAUCCUCCUCGUGCUCCUGUGGUUGCUUCAUUUUCGAGAGGGCAUCUAUUACGAUUCUGGCAACCCAGAUCGCGUUUUCAAUGUUCACCCCUUUCUUAUGGUAUUUGGAUUCGUCUUCUUUGCCGGAGAAGCGAUUAUGGCGUACAAGACGGUACCAGCUGAGAGAACAGUUCAAAAGUUCGCGCACAUGGUUCUCCACUUUAUUGCUAUUGUUCUGGGGAUUGUGGGACUAUGUGCUGCAUUCAAGUAUCACAAUAUGCUAAGUGUGAAGCAUAUGACUAGCUUGCAUUCCUGGAUAGGCAUGGGAACAAUCUGCUUGUAUAUAUUGCAGUGGCUGUUUGGGUUCAGUGUGUUUUGGUUGCCAAGUGCUUCAUAUUCCACCAGAGCAACGGCAGUCCCAUGGCACAUUUGCGGCGGUAGAGCGCUGUUGUACAUGGCGAUAGCAUCGGCCCUGACUGGCUUGAUGCAGAAAGAAUUGCUACAGCAGCUAGGAUGGAAUGGGGAAUUACGCUUAAUCAACUUCACUGGAUUAGCAAUCCUCCUCUUUGGCAUCGCAGUCGAUUUUUCAAUUGGUCUAGCCCAUUACGUCUAACUAACAACCGAUCUCUGUUGAUUAAGCGUGCUCUGGCUUGUUGGAACAGGGUGGUGGUCGAUCUGGUUCCGCUGUCUCAUUCCUGUGUUGACCACCUCGUCUCCUCCUUUUACUACAAGCAUCUCUAGUUAAAUGUCGUAAAUCACAUAUUCAUUUUUUUGUUUGAUCAUUUUCGUAUUUUUUCUCCCUCACGUCCUAUGUAUAGGGGUUUCAAUUUGAAGGACUCUCACAGUGUUGUCGGUGUUUUUUCUACGUACGUACUAUUGUAAUAUUCAUCAAAUUCUAGGUCCGUUUACAUAUGAUUUACACUUAGUUCGGCUAUAAAUUCAUGAAUUACUGUGUUGUUCACUAA